AUGAAGCUCUUGAAGUUGUCGAUGCUCUUCAUCGGCUGUUUCCGACCCCUCGCAGCCGUGGCUCAAGAAUCUCGUGGUCUGAGCCCGAGGUCAAACUCCAGCGCACCUCCAUACCGAGAGAGCCUCAUUUCCUUCCACAAGUCACUUGUAGACUUCAACUCAACAACUGGCAGUGAGGCUGAUGUCGGCGAGUUCCUCAUCGACUACCUGACAGAGCAGGGCUUUGUAGCAGAGCGCCAAACCCUGCCAUCGUCCAACAACUCGGCGGUGCGCUUCAACGUAGUCGCAUGGCCGGCUUCGCGCAGUUCGAACUCGUCCAAGGUCGUGGUGACAAGCCACAUCGACACCGUGCCACCAUACAUUCCGUACUCGCGGACGGGGCCUGAACCGCCGACCGCCGAAACCGUGAUCGCAGGGCGUGGCACUGUCGACGCGAAGGGGAGCGUGGCGACCCAAGUCACCGCUCUGCUGGAGUUAUUGUCGACGGGUGAGGUUACCGGCGACGACGUAAUGCUGGUAUACGUCGUGGGCGAAGAGAAGACGGGCGACGGCAUGGCCUACUUCUCCAACAUCACAUCGCAGCAGCCAGAUCGGCCAAAAGCUGCCAUAUUCGGCGAGCCUACUGAAGGCCUCCUGGCUUGCGGUCAUAAGGGCAGCCUCGCCUGUACGGUCACAGCACACGGCCGCUCCGGCCACAGCGGAUACCCUUGGCUGUUCAAGAGCGCCACCGAGCUGCUGAUGCGUGCCAUGGUUCAGACCAUAGACACGGACUUGGGAACUAGCGAGAGGUAUGGCAACACAACAACCAAUGUCGGCCUCCUGUCGGGCGGUAUUGCCAUCAAUGUGGUCCCUGACACAGCCACGGCUGGGAUCGUUGUUCGGGUGGGUAUUGGGCCAGAACUGGAGGGCGGUGAGAUUGUGAAAGGAAGGCUGCUUGAUAUCUUGACAAGUAUAGACGCCGAGGCUUUCGAUUUUGUAUGCGACAGUAGGGCCUUUGGAGCGAUUGAAACCAACUGUGACGUCGAUAGCUUUGAAACAACUGUGGUGAACUAUGGUACAGAUAUCCCCGGAUUUAAGGGUAAUCAUACCCGUUACCUUUAUGGGCCAGGAAGCAUUUUGGUUUCACACGGUCCCAACGAAGCAAUUACACUGGGGGAGUUGGAGACUGCGGUCGAAGAUUAUCAGAAACUCAUCCUGCAUGCGGUUCAAAGCUAA